GUUUGAUACGAAAUAUUGACUCAAAAGUGAUACUUUUCACUGUGGCCUGCACAAGUUGCCGAACCAACCAAUAUGACAUGUGAAUGUAUUCGCCUUUGGACGCACGAGAUGCUCACGUCAUGCAUUUAACUCUAUCCACAUGCAAGUCUCUAUCGCAUUGCGGAGCUCAGCCGCUGAGCAAUGCUCACACUUGCCGACAGCCGUGGCUUGGUCACGAUGGCAUGUUGGGCAUCAUGCCUUGGACCCGUCAGGAAAGACGACGACGGCUGCGUCUACUCCAGCGCGGUCAUACGCUUCCACUGUCUCCGAGGGGGCAGACUUUUGUGUCGCAGCUGGCUUCAAGAAUCGAAACGACAUGGCGACCAACGCACCCACGAACACGGCGUACACGACGUUGAUCGCAAUGUACAAGGCGGUCUCGGUCGUCGACCCGUCGUCCAGAAACACAAACGAAAACGCGGCUGUGUAGUACAAAUACCGCAAAAGGAUGGCCGGCCCAAUGACACUGUCCAUGCACAUGUCUUCCAGCUGAGUGGGGACGGUGUGGUGGGUCGCGUGCUUGUGGUGCUUUCGCACGUACAGCCACGUGCCGGUGAUGGCGCUGCAUGACACAAUGUUGGCGAUGUCGAGCAGGAUGAAUGGGAUGUAAAUCGACAACUGGCUUCCUUCUCCGUACAGCGCCAAGUAGAUGACGAGGAUAAUGACCAAGACGACCGAGUACCCGACCGCAGCCCGCACCAUGAGCCAGCAAAUGCACUCGCGGGACAAUCGUUCCUUCAUUUCGCGACGCACGGAUCCAAUAUACGCAAUGUAUUUGGUCACUUCGUCAACAAUUGCCAUGACCAGCGUCCCCACUAGGAAGAAAAACCAGUGCCGCUUGGUAAUGCUGUACGACAGGUAAUACAUGAGCACGUCCAAGAAGAACGCCGCAACGCCGCCGACAGUCGCCAUGACGAAAAACGGCGCCCAUGGUAGCGACUCCAACGCCAU